UUUCCAGCUUUUGUUCUUCUCUGAUCAUUGCGUUGAUUUGAUUGAGCUUUCCUGUAGUCUUCUUGCUUGUGCAAUUUCCAGUAAAUGGCGAUUCGAUUGUAUAUGCUUUGGGAUUUGACUAGGCAAGGCCUGUCUGGCCUAUUUUGACGUGAAAUGGUGGUGAUGUUACGGGUUCGUUGGGGAAAUGUGGCUUGGUUUCUCGGUCGGCGAUGCUUUAUGGAUAUGUAGCUCGUCUCCUCUGUAUUUCUGAGUAUGGCACUUCUUGUUCAUGUGGUGCUUGCAGUUGAUCAUACUGCAUGAUAUAGAUGGCUGGGAGUAGUUAAUGAAGGUUGUCCAAUUUACAACAGUACUUUGCUAUGGGAACACGAAGCCUCUUAUGGGAUAUCACAAAAAAGUAUCUUACAGUUGGUUUGGUUGGGCUUACUAUUUCAGAUCGAUAUGCAAGUAUAGUGUCUAUUCGUGGCUCCUCUAUGUCUCCUGCAUUUAAUCCCGGAAGUGACACCAAUGACUAUGUGUUGUUGGAGAAAUUCUGUCUUGAUAAGUACAGAUUUUCAGAUGGUGAUGUUGUAGUCUUCAGCUCGCCUAACAAUCACAAGGAGAAACACAUAAAGAGGAUAAGAGCAUUGCCAGGUGACUGGAUAGAAACACCUAAUUUGGAUGUGUUGAAAGUUCCGGAAGGACACUUUUGGGUUGAGGGAGAUAAUUCAGUUUCUAGUCUGGAUUCAAGAUCCUUUGGCCCGAUCCCUCUAGGUUUGAUUCGUGGAAGAGUGACCCACAUUGUGUGGCCACCUAAGAGAAUGGAUCGCGUUGAAAGAGAAACUAAUCAGCGUCUUUCCCCCAUACAAGAUAGGCCCAAAUUCUACUGAGGCUGGAGUUAUUCUGUUGAUUGUCUUAUGGGUUCUCUUCUAAGCAUCAACCCGAUUUUAUACGCAGUUCUUUUUCAUGAGUCAACCAUUCAAUUUUGGCUUCGUUCUGUGAUUCUCAACUUCCUUUAUCAGUUUUUGAAGUUCUCUGGUGUAAAACAGGCUAUUGUAAGUUUCUUUCUUCUGUUUCAUAUCACCAAUUUUCUACUUCAAGAGAUUAGUCAAUAUUUUUGGAGAAACAGGAGGAAAUUUUUUUAAUGUUCAUGUUAGGCAUCUGUUGAUUCA